AUGGCCGCUUUUCCUUAUCCCAGGUAUCUACACAUCAUGCCAACAAUUUUAAGAAUAUACAGCAACUACCAGAGCAACAAGAUGGUGGUGACUGUGAUCGAGUUCAUUGUUAAGCAGCUAUAUAUCCUCCACCGUAAACCCUUCGUCCUGCAGAUGCUGGGUUCUGUUGCUUCCAUCCUAGACAUGGAUGAGACUGCUAUUUACGGAGAUGCCAAUAAGAUCCAGCCUCGGCGUCUCUUUGACAUAUUACUGUCUCUGGAACGUCACCACGAAGACCCGCUGCACAUCCUUGACCUUGUAACUAUCCAGAAACCUCUCAGAGCACUGGACUUCUGCUACCACGAGGAAUCAGAUUCGGUGACACUACUGGAGGCAGUAGACAUGUGUGUCACUGUUGUUGCUUACUCUGCCGACUCCAAGAGAGGUCAUCAGAUGCUGAAAACUUUAGAAAAUUAUAGCUAA